GACAAAUGAGGAUAUCUGAGCUACUGAAAUUGGUGAGCACAGGGGCCCAACGCAGAGAAGCAUUCGCGAUCCCGAUUCACGGCAUAAAAGUGAAACGCCCAUUGUGGACCGCAGUCGAUUCGGGUAUGUCAAUCCAACGUCGAGGGCACGGCCACGCUGCGGCAAAGCCACUCUCUCCUAGUCAGAUCGACAUACCAUUAUGCCGCACGGUGUCUAAUCACCGCGCUAAUAUAAACUCUUGAGAACAGUUUCGCCCUCCCUUGCAGUCAUUCUCAUCACUCUUGUAGUCCCCCUUGUGCUCGGAUCCUUCUACGCUUCUACGCUCCUUUCUGGACCCUUCUGCUUUUCUGUCUCAGAUGUACCUCGCUUACAAGUACAUCAGGAACAAGCGGAGGAAGGCGCAGGCGGCUCGGGAGGCUGAGGCCGCAGGUCUCCCUUCACCCCUAACACAGACACGACCUACCAACAACGGUGCAGCCGCGGAAGAUCAGGCUACCCUCAAGCUCAGCGACUCUCCCUCACAGCCAAAGUCGAGAAGGGGCUUUCGUGUCUCGCCCGCACUCAAAUGGCGGCUCACGCUGUUUUCGGCGCUCUUUGUUCCCGUAUUUUUUGAGACUCUGGACUACACAGUUGUCGCCACGGCGCAGGUGCAUAUUGCAUCCGUCUUUAACCGCCUGGACCUUCAAAGCUACAUCGGGACAGUCUACCUCCUCACUUCCACUGUCUUCCUCCCGUUGUUUGCCUCACUAGCCGACGUCUGGGGCCGUCAUUGGGCGCUCCAGCUUGCACUGUUUCUCUUUGCUGUCGGCAGCGCAAUCAGCACAGGAGCGCAGAAUAUGGCUACAAUGCUUGUAGGUCGUGGUAUUGCAGGUAUCGGUGCAGGUGGUAUGAUGGCGGUCAUCCGCAUCAUCCUGUCGGACACCAGCUCCCUGGACGACAACAACGUGCAACAGACCAUGCUAUUCUUCCUGUUCACGAUAGGUUACUGCGUGGGUCCCGUUAUCGGAGGCGCACUGACCACAACCUCCUUCCGCUGGAUCUUCGCCAUCAACCUGCCGUGCUCCGCCGUCGCGAUUGUCCUUUGCUUCAUCCUCCUCCGCGGUCGCACCAAGGGCUCCCAGCCCCGCCGUAACCCGCUCAAUCAGGACGAGGUCACCUCUCCCGAAGAGGAGACGUUCUUCGCGAAGUUCAUGCGCAUCGAUUGGGUCGGCGCCCUCUUGUUCACGGGCGGCGGCAUCACCCUCCUCCUCGCGCUCAACUGGGGUUCCACAGGCGAGUGGUCCUCUGCGCGCGUCAUCGCGUGCUUCGUCGUCUCUGGGGUGCUGUACAUCGCCUGGGUAGCGUGGGAGUACCUUCUCGAGCGCAAGGCUGGAGCAGGUCGGGUGAGCCGCAACCCGCUCGCGAACACGGACCCCAUGAUCCCGCUUGCGCUCUUCAAGUCGUUCGACUUCUGUGUGGCGCAGUACGCGAUCUUCGUGUCCGGCCAGAUCACGCUCGUCAUGUUCUACUUCGUCGCUAUCUUCUUUACGAUCGUCGGUGGGUUGUCGGGCACGGACGCGGGAACCCAAUUGCUGUACUUCGCGCCUGGUCUGGGUGCGGGCUCGCUGUCGUCGCUGGUCAUGGUUAAGCGUCUGCGGCAGCCGAAGAUACCCAUCGUCCUGGGGAAUUUUAUCAUACCAAUUGCGCUGGGCUUGGUUUCGUGGGCCAUUGACCGUAAUGACAAAGGCCAGGUCAACGGUUUCCUCGUCAUGACUGGCGUAGGCGUCGGCAUGACGCUCGGCCCUCUCGUCGUGCACGUUCGUUUCUCGCAGCCUGAACACCGCAACGCUGUCGUCGCCGCACUCACCCUCUUCAGUCGGGCUCUCGGAGGGACGAUCGGCCUCGCGCAAUGUGGUGCCGUCCUCAACGGCAAAGUGACGCACUCCCUCCACGCGCUCGUCCGUUCGGGCACGCUGUCGGCCUCGGAUACCACGCUCCUGCAGGACGGCCUGUCGUCCGGCAUCUCGUCCCUGCAGAGCCUCAGCUCGCUCCCGCCCGAUAUGCAGCAGCUCGUCGAGGACGCGUACCAGCAGGGCACGCGAUGGGCGUUCAUCUCGCUUGUGCCGUGGACGGGCCUUGCGGUGGUGCUGACCCUGUUCCUAUCGAAGAUCCCCGAUACGGGUCGGGGGCGCGCCGAGGUGGCAAAGGCGGAUGUGCAGGAGAAGGAGGCCGCUUCGACUCCGACGGAGGACGCGAAGAGAAUGAACGACACGCAGAGGCCGGGACAAAGUCAGGUAUGAAUUAAUGAGCUGUCCUGGGUUCGACGAACGUUUCUCUGUCUCUGCGGACUCAUCUGUCGCCUUGGGAUAUUCAGUCUACACAUAUACCUUACACUGGCAACCUUUCUCCACUAAACGUCACAAUCCUUCAUGUCUAUCACUGCAUUCUAUGCCAAUGGCUUGUAUUCUUAGUCGCGCACGCACUAUUCUACUCCCGGUCGAUCGGUAACUGCCGAUGAUAGGCUCGGAACCCUUACAAACGAGGAGUGAAGUACAUCAUGUCAUACAACGCAUCUGACUGCACACUCAUAUAACG